AUGAGAUCACCGGACAGUCGGUUUGAGUUCAGUUUCUGUUGGAAGAGGACUGAAGAGCAAAGCAAAAGACUGGAAAACAAUCAGAAUUUCACGAAAUCCGACAUAUUUUGGCCACAAUUGCUAUCAUUGCCCAAGAAUUUAGUCAUAUAUUGUCGCGAGUACUUCACGGGCAGGUGUGGCACUAUAAGGGUGUCUGAGCGUCAUAUGUAUGGACAGCUAUUUGUCACUAAUAAGACCAAUGACCUAAAUGAUCAAGAUAAUGAGCAUUACCUCAUGGAUAGAAGCGAAACCAGUUAUCACACGAAAAAACCAACGGUUAUAGAUAUAGCGGCGGUGUUAGAGUUGGGAACCACUGGGAACACCGAUGAGUCGCAAACCCUGAGGUUCUUCGCGUACUUAACCCUCAACUGGGGGUCGACCACAACAUCGGGUCUGUCUAUUGAGCCCAUACGACAACUGCCCCCGGGAAGGGUCAAUACAUACGGUGCUGUCGGUUGGAGUUAUAAGGAUUUGUUGCCAGUGUUUAAGGAAUGGGAGAAUAAUACCGAUCCGACUGUUGUCGAGAGUAAUCCCGGAUAUCACGGAACUCGUGGACCCAUUCAGAUAACAACCCCACGACAACCCAGUCCUAUCAUCUAUACAUUUAAAGAAGCAUUACUUGAGUUGGGUUAUCCUGAAACAGAUAUCAAUGGUCAGGAUCAAUUUGGAACUAUGAUUAUGCAAUCGUUUAUCACAAGUCAAGGGCUAAGGGCGGGAACGGGUAAUGCAUUCGUGGACCCGAAUCCACACGAAGACAAUCUGCAUAUCGUUUGCAAAGCAUUGGUCUCAAGAAUACUAUUCAAUGGGUUGACAGCUAUUGGAGUGGAGUUUAUUAGGAAUGAUAUCGAGUAUAGAGUUUACGCUAACANUUGCAAAGCAUUGGUCUCAAGAAUACUAUUCAAUGGGUUGACAGCUAUUGGAGUGGAGUUUAUUAGGAAUGAUAUCGAGUAUAGAGUUUACGCUAACAAAGAGGUUAUCGUUUCCGGCGGUGCCAUAAAUAGCCCACAAUUACUAAUGCUAUCAGGAAUUGGUCCCAAACAGCACUUACAAAGCUUUGGUAUUUCAGUAUUACUAGAUCUACCGGUUGGUGACAAUUAUGCAGUCCAUCCGGCAAUCUCAGUUUCAGCCAAUAUUAAACAUGAAUAUCUAAACAUGGUAAAUCCAGUUCCAGAGCUAAAUGUGCAACAAUUAAGUGAACUUUAUUGCCAACAAAGGGGACCGUUAUCUGAAGACCCCUCGUGUGCCCUCUAUUACAACACCCGUAAUAAUAUUGACAAUCAGUGGCCAAACGCACUGUUAUUUGGAUUUCCAGUUAACAACACAUUUAUUGUGUAUUUAAAUUUAGUCCGAUUUAAAAGUCGGGGAACUUUACGUUUACAAUCAACUAACCCUUACAUACAGCCCCUCCUAAACCCCAAUUGGUUGUCACACCCCGACGAUAUGGUAGACCUAUUGAAAGCCACACGACAUAUAUUUUACAUACUGGAGCGAUCAACCAUUUCCAAUUAUAUUCAACCUCUCGAUUCAUUAGCCGAAAUAGGCUGUCCCGUAUGCCCGGCCAGGUAUAUGUAUGAGUGCUUUGAAGGCUUAAAGUGUUAUAUACAAUAUUAUUCCGACAGUUCCUAUCAUCCCGGGGGUAGUUGUCGUAUGGGCUCAAUAGACAGACCCGAUGUUGUGGUCGACCCACAGUUGAGGGUUAAAAAUGUGAAAAACCUUAGG